AGUAAAUGUGUCGGUUUAUCUUUAUAGUGAAGGGUUGCAGGGUCUUUGAGCCAUCUAAAACGAAUUUCUGGAACUCAAAUAAUUUCUCUAGAAUUGAUGGUUUUGUCGUGUCAAAAUUUCUCCGAGAAUCUUUCUCAAUUUUCCACACGGUCGGGGAUGAGCUCGUAUCAUCUACCUAUGCGACCCACCGUCCCGACCCGAGCAGAUGAAAUUCACAACAAUGCUGAGGGAGCAACUUACAUGGACCAUUUCUUAAAUAUCCCCGAUAUCUGUCCCCCGGGGUCAGACUACAGAUCCCGGGGGUACUAUAUGGGAUCAUAUCCCGAUGCUUGUCGAAUGGAAGCUCUACAGUCACAUCAUCGCAAUCAUGAUUUUUCAAGAAUGGGUUUAGCGAGUGCCAGAAACUCAUAUUUCCAAAAUAUGAAUGUUCCCGGGAGUCUUCGAUUCCGGGAGAGUGUGUCCGAUGGACUGUCCAGCAAUACCGCGUCCAGUAACAAGAACGAGCCCAUAAGUCCGUGUUCCACAGGGACCCCCACCACAGGAGAGGGUGACACGCCCCCAUCCUUCUACCCCUGGAUGUCGAUCGUUGGUCCUAAUUCUAACCAGCGCCGUAGAGGACGGCAGACGUACACUCGAUUCCAAACCCUAGAACUCGAGAAGGAAUUCAAAUUCAACCGCUAUCUCACAAGGAGGCGGCGGAUAGAACUCUCUCAUAUGUUGUGUUUAACGGAAAGACAAAUCAAAAUAUGGUUUCAAAAUAGACGGAUGAAGGAGAAAAAAGAACUUCAAGCUAUUAAGGAAUUGAAUGAACAAAGCCGUGUGGUGGCAGAUGCCAAAACCAAAGUGACCCCCGAUCCGCCCUCUCCGAGCGAAACCAGCACCAGUUGACAUAAGUAAUGUGUUCCUAUUAAGGGUAGCUACCUCUGUAUCGUGAUUUCAUCGUUUAUAUAAUGGUCUUAAAAUUCGGGCGACCGGGCAGAACUGUAGACAGACUAUUGUAGCAGCUGUCGGGAAAUUUUGAUGGGAAAGUUUCAAGAAACUAACUCCCCAGGACAGGUAUUACGUCCAAGUUAGAUAUGUCUUAAUAGUUGGGAAAAAGUAUUUUCCGAUCACCCUACCAAACGAGAAAAAGAAGGAAAGGGUAUGUUCUGAUAGACUAUCCUAUGUAUAACGAGAAAGAAGUCCAUCAGUUUGCUAAAACAAGACAUCUCUCACCUGAAGCUUUUAGUUACAUUAAUGUACAUGCAUCAUAUAUUCGGAUAUAUAUUUAAUAUACCAGCAAGGCCUAUGUUUAGAUUAUCCUCAGUGUGUUGUCAUACUAUAAUUUAGCUUUAUUUUUGGGUGCCAUAUGAUGAGUAAAAAUUAAUAGUUUCACAGUAAUAAUACAAAAAUGACAGAAAUGUUCAUGUACAGACAAAGAAUUGAUAUCAUUUUGUUACAAUGAGAAUGGUUCAUUACGCAUACUGGUCAAUAUCAAAUAUUACCUCCAUGAAUUAUGCCAAAAUUCUUUUUAGUGGCAUUGUGUAUAAGUAUUAGAAUAGAUUGUUUAUUAUAAGAAUUAGUCUAUUUUAUAGAUUGCAAUUCAGUUGUUUGUUUCCUUAUAUUGCAUUAUUGUUUUGUUUUUUCUUUCUUACUUUUUUAUACAUCACAAUAUUUUAGCAUUUUAUUUGUUUAAAAACCUAUGCAAGAUGGCGAAGAUGUAUAUACAUAUAUAUAUUAAAAAAAAUAGCAAAUAGAAAAAAAGUUUUUACCAUAAGAAUUGCAAGGUAUGAUAAAUGUAUAGUAGCAGUGCUAGUGACAGGCUACACGUAGUUAAUUGAUUGGGAAUCGCAUAAGCAUUGACCGUUGUCAAACGUUUGGUUUGACCAAGACAAAGUCAUAUCAGGUCUGGUCAUUUGUCCAAAUCACUCCAAAGAUGUCCAUGUCUUGGACUGACAUGCUAUAGUUUAUGCGAUUUACGAUGAUAACUGCUUCAGUCUACAUUUCAUUAAUGACUAUCGACAGUUGUGUGACUUUGGAUGUGUUUUAUGAGCUAUAAAAAUCACGACAUUUCCCCCUCAUUUCUAAUAGACCAAUUUCGAUUACUUCCCUUGCCAAAACUUGUCUGUAAAAGGACAGGAAAAGGUGUAUAGGAAAAAUACUUUCAGUAAAUAUAAUAUGAUCAAUAUAUAUGUUCAAUAAGAAAAUAAAUUAAUUGUUGUCCAGAAAUACAAGAUAUAUAAAUUUGAUAGACAAAAUGCUUCCGGAAAUAUAAGAUAAAUUUUACCAACUCACUUCCAAAAACAUAUCUUAUCAAACAAUACAUGAAUAAAGAGUUGAGAGCUAUCUGAAACUUAAAAGCCCGGAGAGACUUCCUUUGUCCUUUGUCGCAAGAGAGAAAAAUAACUGAAAUGUGGUCCAUUACAAGCAAUCUAGUGAAUCGCCAAAAAAUGGUUUCUAUCUUUUCAUACUGCAAAAUUUGCUCAUGUAUAUAUGUUGAUUUUCAUGUUUUUACUUUCUUUCUCUUUUUUUCUUUUACAAUGCCUUAUAUAUGUGAACGAGAAUUUGAAAACGAGAACUAUUUCGAGCUAUUAUGUUAUGAUUAAAUACGUUAAUGGUCUUGAUGUUGUAUGAAAGAAAUUAUGUUUUAUGUGACAUAAAAUAUGUGCUUGUAUCGAUAUAUUGGCACGACCAGAACGAGAACUGCAAUAAAAUGUUGUUAUACUUUCAA